GCCGCUGGGAGCAGACGAUAUUUGUCAACGCUGAGUCUGCCUUAUUUGGAAACCAGUCCGACCGGUCGGCUCAUGGUAGGACCUAAAUAGCAUAGUAAGUCGCUAGCGCUUCGAUGAUACGCAUUGCUUCACACCGAUCUCGGGGACACUCGCGGCUCGGACAUGUAGACAACAUGGCUGCCACCAGUGACACACCUUCAACCGUGUCCCCAGAAUGGGAGACGGAUUCAGUGACUUUGAAGGAGUUUUCGUCCAAGAAAUCCUUCCCUACAUACGCCAAGGUGGUGAAGGGCUCCUAUAUGAAUAUAGGAUCGUCGAAAUUUUCGCUACAGCGUCAACACCAGGAUGUUUUCAUUCACUCAAUCAAAAUGGGGGUGAAGGUGCUAGCUCAUUGUGUACGUCGGAUAGACACUACCCAGACUAGAAGAGGCUUCCCGUGUACCCGACUACAGACACUAGACCAGAGAUUGGCUAUCCCUGUGUCGUACCAAGGAUGGUUUGAACUACUUUCCGAGGAUGGGAAAUCUGCUAAGCCUUAUACCAGUGUACCAGAACUGGCCAAGAUAUUUCCGGAGAGGUGUUUGGUACGAGAGAAUGUAAAAGCCUAUUUGGCAAGCUCGGAGGGGAAACAUACGUUUGAUAAAACCCGUAUUGUGCCAGCAGGGGAGCAGCUGACGUUGUGUGGGGAGGUGUCGCUCCCGUCCCCGGCUCAUAACAAACGUGUGAAGCUGCUCAAAUGUACGGACUCAAAAGGUGAGAGCUUAUAUCUCAGUUUCGAUCAAAAGGGAAUAUUCACCCCGAUCGCUGGGCCGGAUGAGUUUACCGGCGUGUUUACAAUUCGGGAUAUCAUACGGAGAUUUCGUCUACCAUUGACUGUCAAACUUAUUCAGGGGGUGAAACCAAAAGUUGAUUCCUCACGUUUCACAGGAUUAAUACGUCUGGAUUGGGUGUAUACCGACGAAACAGCUUUCGUCUGUCCUUUGGAAAAGACACAUGUACGUAUGUUACCAGUGCCUACAGACAUAAACCUCAUGAUAUCCAAGGCCAAAAAUCAAUCGGAUAUCAAGGAUACAGAAGCAUUUAGGACUUUGUUGACAAAAUGUAACCGCAUGGUGUCUAACUACAACAAUACUAUCCAUCUUAUCGUGUCACUUCCGGAUUCGGUAGUGAAGAACAAAAACCGUUCCAGUUCAAAUGUUUUCUCCGUUCCUCAACGAUUUGACAACAGUGAAACUAGGUCAAGUUUGAAGAGAUCCAAGAGCAAAGAGGAUAUGUUAAUGGACGAAAUUGACGAUCUUUAUCAGUUUGUCAGGGAUGGUGGACCAGCACCCAAAGCCAAAUUUACUUAUGAUUCAGACGAGGAAAGUUAUUGGGAGGAGCCAGCUUAUGAACCUAUUGAUCAGUUCCGCGCAAGGCUUAUGGCUCUAGAAGCUGGCAAACCUUUCACCCACCAUGAGAAAUACAAACCAACAGAUCCAAGCAAACUUCAUCUUGACAACGACCCCGAUGUUGCUGCAAGUGGGGGACCUAUAUAUGGCCAGCUUACAAAUGGGGGCUCGGACAGUUCUUCCACCCCGUCAGCUCCCCCUCCUUUACCCCCAAGGCCUUUGUCCGCCGCUGUUGAGGGGUUCGAAGUGGAUCAGAUGAAAGGAUCUCCCCCUCCCUUACCCCCAAGACAAUAUGUGAGAUCUAACUCUGUAUCCGCCAUACCUUCAGCUUCUUCUGCUGGUGGUGGAUCUCAAGCAAGAAGUGGUAGCAGUGCAGAGAAGAGCAAAAAGCAAUCCAAAAUGAAGAAAUCACCUUCUAAAGACUCGAAGGACUCCAACAGCAGUAGCAGUGGUGGUCACAGGAAAAGUCUUGGGAGGGACUUCCGUGAUUCAGACAUCAGUUCACGAACAAGAGGCUCUUCUGGAGAGCAAGGACACACUAAGAAUAUGAGAAAACGCAUGCAAACGUUGUAUCUGUAAUCGCAAACCAGAUAGUGGGACAGUUCUGAAAGUGGUAUAUGAGAUAAAAGUGAUCUCAUGAUCCAUUUUAAUUAUGAUUAUUGAGGGGAU